GGAUGAUGGUGAGUCUUGAGUGUCUCAGAGAAACUCCGCUCAUCAGCAUCAAGCAGCAGCUUUUCACUGAGGCCAGGAAAUAUCCACUGUACCACCUACUGCAGGAGGAGUCUUAUUACAUUUUUGUGGGCGUGACCCAGGAGGCAGAGAGGGAGGAGUUCUAUGAUGAAAUGAGGCGGCUGUGCGACCUCCGACUCUUUCACCCGAUCCUGAAGGUCAUCGAACCGCUGGGAAACCGGGAGGAAAAGAUCCUGAACCGAGAGAUAGGAUUUGCCAUUGGGAUGCCCGUCUGCGAGUUCGAGAUGAUGAAGGACCCGGAGAUUCAGGACUUCCGGCGCUCCAUACUGAGCGUGUGCAGAGAGGCCAUGGAGGAGCGGGAGGGGGGCGGGGCCCACAGCCAGGCACUCUAUGUUUAUCCCCCCAACGUGGAGUCCAGCCCCCAACUCCCACAGCACAUCUACAGUAAACUGGACAAAGGGAGGCUGAUUGUGACCAUCUGGGUGAUUGUGUCUCCGUCCAACUCAAAACAGAAAUACACUCUGAAG